CUGCUAUCGCACGAGGACACUUUACGUCUCUCACACGCCACAGUAAUAAGGACACACGCGUUUCGCUGGUCUCUGUUUCCACCUAGAAGAAAGACUUAACCCUAAAGCCUGGUCCGCAUCCUGCCUGCCGUCCUCCUUCCAAAGUCCUGAAGGCAAAGCCGCGGAGAUGCUGCUGAGGUGGAUGUUGAGCCUUGUGGUAGUCGGGCUCGCCUAUGUGGCUUUAACACGUGCUGCUACAUGUGGUCAGCGGCAGUUCCGCUGUGGAAAUGGGAAAUGCAUCACCACCCGCUGGGUCUGUGAUGACAUGGACGACUGUGGGGAUGGAACUGAUGAAGUUUCAGCCACUUGCAGUCAGAAGACGUGUCAGCAGUCAGAGUUCCAGUGUGGCGGGAGGCUGAACCAGUGUGUGCCCCUCAGUUGGCGCUGUGACGGAAAGUCUGACUGCGAAAACGGGAUGGAUGAGGAAGGCUGUGUUCCAAAGAACUGCACUGAAGAUGAGUUCCGCUGUAACGAUGGUCAGUGCGUUUCUGCUUCAUUCGUGUGCGACGAUGAGUCGGACUGUUCAGAUGGUAGCGAUGAGGCUUCCUGCGCUCCCCCCACCUGCACCUCUGGUUCCUUUCAGUGCAACAACUCGGUGUGUGUGCCCCAGCUGUGGGCAUGCGAUGGGGACGCUGACUGCGCCGAUGGCUCAGAUGAAUGGCCCCAGAACUGCGGUCACAAGGCCCCGGAAAAGCCCUGCCAUGAUCAGGAGUUCCACUGCAGCAAUGGAGAGUGUAUCCACAUCAUGUGGCGCUGUGAUGGGAGCUUCGAUUGCAUCGACCACUCAGAUGAAGCCAACUGCAGUGCACCCACCUGUCAGCCUAAUGAGUUCACAUGUCUGGACGGUACCUGUAUUCCCGGCAUCCGGCAGUGUGAUGGCGAGUAUCACUGCAGGGACAUGAGUGACGAGAACGACUGUGCAACUGUGAGUAAGUGCGAGGGUCCAGACACUUUCCAGUGCCGCAGUGGAGAGUGCAUCAGCAUGGACAAAGUGUGCAACAAUCAGCGAGACUGCAGAGACUGGUCCGAUGAGCCCCUCAAAGAGUGCAAUACCAACGAGUGCCUUGAAAAUAACGGUGGCUGCUCUCACAUCUGUAACGACCUGAAGAUCGGCUAUGAGUGCCUUUGCCCUGCAGGGUAUCGCCUGGUGGACAACAAACGCUGUGAAGACAUUAAUGAGUGUGCUGACCCUGACACCUGCUCUCAGGUGUGUGUGAACCUGGAGGGCAGCUUUAAGUGUGAGUGUGAGGAGGGCUACGAGAUGGACCCCAUGACCAAAGAGUGCAAGGCUGUAGCAGGAAAUGUCCCAUACUUGUACUUCACCAACCGUCAUGAGGUGAGGAAGAUGACGCUGGAUAAGAGCGAGUACACCUGUCUGAUCCCCCGGCUGAAGAAUGCAGUGGCGCUCGACAUGGACAUGUCCAGCCGGAGGAUUUUCUGGUCCGAUCUCUCCCACAAAAAGAUCUACAGCACUUCCGUGGACCAGGCUGCUGACUCCUCCCACCACAGCACCGUGAUUGACACCUCUAUUUCCGCCCCUGAGGGCUUGGCCAUUGACUGGAUCCAUGGCAACAUCUACUGGACCGACAGCAACUUAGGACUCAUAUCUGUGGCAACCACAAAUGGAUUGAAGCGCAAGUCUCUUAUCACAGAAGGUCUCAAAAGGCCACGGGCCAUUGUUGUAGACCCAGAGCACAACUUCAUGUACUGGACAGACUGGGGACACCCUGCCAGGAUUGAGAAGAGUGGUUUGAACGGUGCUGACCGCACAGCUCUGGUCACUGACAAUAUUAUCUGGCCUAACGGCAUAACACUGGACAUGGUGAAGCAGCGUCUGUACUGGGUGGACUCCAAAUUGCACACGAUCUCUAGCAUCGGGGUCAACGGUGGCCAGCGUCACACACUCAUUAUCGACGAGAGCAAGCUGGCCCAUCCACUCUCACUGACCGUCUUUGAGGAGAAAGUCUUUUGGACCGAUGUGUCUAGUAAAAGCAUCAUGAGCGCCAACCGCCUGACAGGAAAAGACAUAGUGAGAGUGGCGGAGAACCUGAUGUCUCCUGAGGACAUUGUGCUGUACCACAACCUUAAACAACCCAAUGGUACAAACUGGUGUAGGGAGGGUAAUCAAGUGAACGGAGGCUGUGAGUACCUGUGUCUUCCGGCUCCACGCGUCAACCAGCACUCACCCAAAUACACCUGCGCCUGCCCUGAUCACAUGGUCCUGGGCCCUGACAUGAGGAAAUGUGUGGAAGUUAAUCAGGCAGUAAAUGCAGGGACUACAGCAGUGGUCCAACCCCGAGUCCCAGCCAGGACGUCCCCCAGACCACCCACCAGACCUGACACUACUACCACUAAACAAAAGAGUGAAAGAAAGAACCUUCAACCUAACGCAAGCAGACAUGAGCAGUCAGCUGACAAGACUGAAAUCACUCCUAAUGAAGGCUCAAACAAUGAGUAUGUUGCAGUUGUUAGCCAUUCCCAACAACCUGUCACUCUCUACGUCAUCCUGCCAAUAGUCGCGAUUUGUCUGACUGUGUUUGGUGCCAUGUUGCUAUGGCGACACUGGAGACAGAAGAACACCAACACCAUCCACUUUGAAAACCCCGUCUAUCAGAAAACAACAGAGGACCAAGUGCACAUCUGCAGGAGUAACAGCCAAGAUGGAUACGUCUACCCGCCGCAUCAGAUGUUAAGUCUGGAUGACGAGGAGGACAUGGCAUGACAAAUCUCUCAGCAGGAUGCAAACAACCCUGUGGGGAGUCAAAUCUGAUGAGCAAGGUCAUAGAUCAUUGUAGAUUCUUCUUGCAUACUCCAUUUUCCUGCCUUUCAUGUCCACUGCACUACAGAAAAUGAAGGAAAGAUUCAGAACAUGACGCAUACUUUUAAGAACGCCAUCACCACCAAACUUGUGUUGUAUUUUAAUUUUAAGUUUUAAUUUUUUUUAUUUAAUUUUUGGGACCAAACUCAAGAGGGAGAUUCCAUCCAUGUCUCAGAGAAAGGAUUAAAAUUCCACCAUAAUAUGAAGGACUCCAUAUUUUGAAACAUCUUAAAUGAAGAAUGUCUUCAGUAAGCCUUUCUGAGAAGCUCUGCAGAAGGACCGCAUGACACAUUCAUAAGCUUCAAUUAGCAGAAGGCAGUCAAGAAAAGGCCUUGCCGUCUAACUGUAUAUGAGAUGAAAGUGGAGAAUGUGGGAACUGCAAAGCCACGUUAAAGAUGGUGACAGCGCACUUGUAUGAUUACAAAUCUGUGUGUUCACUUAUGAAUGUGUUAUGUUCGUACUGUUGCCGUCCAAUAUCAUCUCAGGUCUUACACACAAAGGUGUAAUAAUCCGACAGUAACCGGAUUUCUGCAGUUAUAUGAUUAAUCAAAUGGUCAAUGAAAACAGCAUGCACACAUUUUUUAGAUUGAAGUAAGGUCUAGACACUCGAUCAAGGUAUCAGAUAAAGACAGCAGGAUUUUAGCGCAGUAAUCAGACUUGUCAGUGCAUCUGUACACUUGCUCUGAUUUCUUUCGCGUUUGUCUGACUGUGCAUGUGUGAAAACAGACGGCAGUAGCGUAAAUAAGCAAGCAGCGUUGCUGCGAGACGCUGCAAAACUCUUUUGGAGCGAUGCUGAAACCAAAUACAUGCCUGACAAAAUGAAGGAUUUGAAUAGUCUUCUUGUUGUAGAUGAUGUAUGUUCAUAUUUUCAGGCAAAGUGGCACAAAGUAUAAAAAAAAGGCA